AUGAGCGACUUUACUAUCUUUCACGGCCCUGUGAUACAUUCACUAUCACCUACCGAGCUCGAGAUCCUCGAGUCAGCCCUUCUUGCCGUCGACAGCAAUGGCUGCAUCGUCGCUUUCGAGAGGAAUGUCGAAGUUGUUCCUGAAACCCUCCAUACUCCCGCCGGGCUAGAGAUCCACCUCAAAGACUGCACAGUUCAGAAGCUGCAGCGAGGAUCAUUCCUCAUACCAGGCUUCGUCGACACGCACAAUCACGCACCACAAUGGGCGCAGCGGGGCCUUGGACAAGGAAUGCAUAUUCUCGAUUGGCUUGACACCGUCACUUUUCCCAGCGAGGCCAAGUUCGCCGAUGCAGAGUAUGCGCGUCGGAUAUACGGACUGUGUGUUGAUGGCUUCCUCAAACAAGGCAUCACGACGGCAUCCUACUAUGCGUCAGCGCACGGGGAGGCCACACGCAUCCUGGCUGACCUGUGUUCGGAAAAGGGCCAGCGCGCACUAGUUGGAAAAUGCAACAUGAAUAGGAACGCGCCAGAUUAUUAUCGGGACGCCAGUGUUGAGGAAAGCCUGCGGGUAACGGAGGAAUGCAUCGCACACAUUCGAAAGAUUGAUCCCAAAGGUCACUUGGUCAAGCCUGUCCUGACACCACGCUUUGCCAUCACCUGUGACCCUGCUGUGCUGGAUGGACUAGGCAAGAUCGCGGUAAGAGAGCCUGAUCUGCCGAUACAGACGCAUUUCAAUGAGGCGGAACAGGAGAUGAAGGCCACCAAAUCUCUCUUCCCGCAGUUCAGCAAUGAGGUCGAUCUUUAUCAGAAUUACGGCCUACUCGGCCCAAGGUCGAUACUCGCUCACUGCUGCUACAUGAGCGAAUACGAACUCACCAAAUUUGUGGAGCUCGGCUGUGGUGUAGCCCAUUGCCCAAUUUCCAACAUGACUGUGGGCGGUGGCUUCAUGGCAGCCCCAGUGAGGGAAUUCCUGCGUCGCGGUAUCAAUGUUGGGCUAGGUACGGACUCUGGUGGCGGUUUCUCCAGCAGCAUACUGGAUGCUAUGCGCCAGGCACUUGUUGCUAGCAAUGCGAGAGAGGCCUUGUCACAUGGCAAAGACAAAGGCUUGUCUAUCGAGGAGCUCUUCUACCUGGCAACUCUUGGAGGGGCAAGAGUUUGUUCAAUUGGGCACAAGGUUGGCAACUUCGCGGUGGGCAUGGAAUUUGAUGCUUGCGUUGUUUCCACACUCGUGGCUGAUCAGAUCAUGACCAUGGUUGAACAGGAUUCUUUGAGAACCGUGUUCGACAAAUUCGUCAUGACGGGUGAUGAUAGGAACAUUGAUGCCGUUUAUGUGCGAGGAAGGCGGGUGAAAUAA